AUGGUAGCCGCAUCAAAGGGAGGCUUUGACAUCAAGAUCGGCCCUCAUAUGAUCCACGCGCCCAAGUAUGCCAGUGUCCAUUUUGACCAAGUACUGAUUGCAUUAUCUGAAAUGUUCUUUGCUACCAGUGCACGUCACCCACUGGUCCGCAUGAUGCUUUUUGCUCGCAAUAUUCGGAAAUCGCGCUCGGUAUCACGCAGCACUGGAAUCACUGGAGAACCUCCAGUGGAAAGUAUCGGCAUGUAUGCUGAGAGUGAACUAGGUUGCACUGCUAUACCAUCAGCAAUACCCCUGGCAAUCGCCGCUAAAGAAGACGAAGACGCUGCUUAUCACGACGAUGCAAUGGGUGGCGCUGACACCCUUGCUGAUACUGAGAGUAUAGCAGCAGGGUUGGCUCCAGCGGCAUCUCCGCACGAGCAAAACAAAAUUAUGAAUUCUCGCAUCAAUGGUUGGGACAAUUACACAGGAUACAUGGAUGGUGUACGUGAGGUAACUCACACUGAACCCGAACAUAACAGAAUCAUGGAGGCAAAGGAGAAGAAAACUUCAGCUACCUGGGUGGUCGCCACCGCCGCUGCAUACCACGCGACGGGGAACCGCGGCCUCCUAUUCGGUUUGACGCCCUAUCAGCCCGGCGGCUUCGUUGAGUCAGCCGACGGGGCGGCGCCCAUGCAGGUCCUCGGCCACGGCUCUGUGAUCACUGACACGGUGGUUCUCCCCAACGUGCUCUACGUCCCAGGGCUCACGGCUAACCUCGUCUCUGCCAGCCAGCUCGCCGAGCUCGACUACACCGUCGGGUUCAGCCGCGGCGCGUGCCUCAUCAGGAGUGCCGCUGAUGGCACCAUCGUCGGCAAAGCCAGUGUUGGAGGAGAUGGAUUGUUCCAACUGGACUUCCUGCAGAUCACGGGGGCGAUCGAUAAAAGCUUCGUACUGGGCGUGCAUGCCUUGACGAACUAUGAAACCAUGUUUGAUCAAUUUGAUAUACAUGAACCUGCAAGGAUGGUGGACAUGGUUGGCCCCAGGGAGAUCCUCCGCCUCGCGCUGGCGAUCAGGCAGGCGGCUGAGACGGUGAGGCAGAACAGGGAGGACUGCCUCGAGAUCCAGCGGUGCGUGAACAGGCUCCACGGCAUCAUGUCCUCGGCUAUUCGCGGUACGGGCACGGACAUGAUAGCGAACUUGGCAGUGAGCGCUGCGCUGGGGGACCUGGAACGGAUCCUCCGCCGCGCCCUCGACCUCGUCACGACCUGCCAGCGGAGGAGCACCAUUUGCCAUUGCUUCACGGCCGGGAGGAUGUCCGGGCAGCUGCUUCGGGUCCAGCGGGACAUCGCGUACCAGCUGUUGAUGGCACCAAGGAGUGAAGAUGCCGUCUAUGAUUCGAUACACUUUUGCAUGGAAGUGACAGCUGCCGUGUCAUCAUCACGUUCACGCUUGAGGGUGUUCAGCAUGUCUGAGUUGGAGGCCGCUACAAAUAGCUUUUCAUGUGAACAAGUGAUCCAUGAUGGCGACUCUGUUACCGUCUACAAGGGUGUAUUACCUGAUGGGAGCGUGGUUGCCAUCAAGCGAUCUCAUGAUGAAAAGGAUCUUCUAUUUCCAGUGCACCUCCAGCACAAAAACGUAGUUACAUCUCUAGGAUACUGCCCUCAUGAACAAGGGAAGCUGGUGGUCGAAGAGUAUAUGCCAAACGGAAUGUUGUCUGAGAUGAUCAAUGAGAUGUCGGAACAGCUAGAUUGGCCCUCCACGUUGCAGACAGUUCAAGGGAUCGCAGAGGGCGUAGCUUAUCUCCAAACCAUGCGUGUCGUGCAUCCGGAUUUGAAGCCUUCCAACAUCUUCUUUGAUUCUGAUAUGAAUCCUAAGAUAGGUGGGCUUGGAAAGUCUAAACUUGUGCUGGAACAAGGUGUCGCUCAAAUAAAGACAGAAGAGCUACUUGGCACAGUGGGCAAUAUACCUCCUGAGUAUAUCAGUGACGGCAUUAUCUCCAUGAAGAGCAACGUUUUCAGCUUCGGCGUCCUCUUCCUCCGUAUCAUUAGUGGGAUGAGAGGCCCUGUACUAAACCAACAUCCAAUUGCAUGGGCUUUGGGGGUUUGGGAAGCUCGACAGACGGAGUCAUUUGGUCCGUCACCGCAGGAUCAGUCCGAGAGAAAGGAGAGAGAAAGGUGCAUCUGUAUCGGACUGUUGUGCACCCAAAUGGAUCCUCGUGGCCGGCCAACCAUGCCAGAUGUUCUGGCGAUGCUAAACGGCCAGGAAGAAUUGCCAUCCCCAGAGUUAUCUUGCUUCACUGGAAUAGGAAGUGCAGAGCAGGAGCAGCCGUGGUGGAGGAGCAGCUGGUGGAAGAGGAGGUCUGACGGUAAGAACUGGUCGUUGUUGGAGAAGACACGUUGA